AUGAUAAAAAUAAAUGAGCAAGAAAAAAAGAAUACUUUUAUGCUUUUUCCAAGUGACGAAAAUGGUAAAGACUUGGAGAAUAAGAACAUCACCUCCUUACUAAACGAAAUAACAACAACUGAAAAGGAGGAUCAUCAUGAUAAGAAGAAGAAGAAAGAAAAAAAAUUAAAAGAAAAGGAUGUAAAUUUUUCGGAAAAAAUUGAAAUAAUAGAAAGAGAAAAUCAUGAAGAAGAAAAAUUGGAAGUGUGUGAUAGUAAAAAGAAGGUGCGUAGAAAAUAUUUAACUGCUUUAAAAUGCAUAAUUAGCUCAAGGGAUGAUGGAAAAAGUUAUCCAGUUUGUUCUUGUAAUGAUGAAAUCGGUCCCUUGGAUCAUUCAUGUAGCAAUGAAAACAAUACCAUCAUAUCAUCAACAAUAAGCAUAAAUGAAAGGAUGUGUAGCAGAGAUGAAGGAGGAAGAAAGAGUGAAAAAAGUAGGAGAAAAGAAAAAUGGAGUUUAAAGCAUAGAAUAAUACAAAGGUACAAAAAAAAAAGUAGUUGUUUUAAUGAUGAUCAAGAUGAUGCUCAUGAAAAUGAAAAGGAGAAAUAUCACACAAAGGAAAGGAAGGAAGGUGAACAACUAGAAGGUGAAGAAAGAACAAAUGAGGAAGAAAAAUUCAUUACGUAUAAAGUUCCAAGAUAUUUGAGGAAGAAAAAUAUUAAAUGCCCUUUUGUAUAUAGAAAAGUUUUUUAUGGGAAAUAUGGAAUAGUAAAUUAUGACUUAAAGGGAAGAAGUAAAGGAACAUUGGUUAUAACAUUUCAUGGAUUAAAUGGAACAAAUUUAACAUUUUUGGAAAUACAAAAAAUGUUAAUAAAAUACAAAUUUCAAGUACUUAACUUUGAUUUAUAUGGACAUGGAUUAUCAGCUUGUCCGAAAUAUAAUCAUAGAAAAAGAACAUAUGGUAUAGAUUUUUUUUUAUCACAAACAGAAGAAUUGUUAAAUCAUUUAAAACUGUUACAUAAAGAUUUUUACUUGAUAGGUUUUUCAAUGGGUUGUGUUAUUGCUACAAGUUUUGCAAAAAAGUAUAUCAAACAAGUAAAGAAAAUUAUUUUAAUUUCUCCUGUUGGGGUUUUAGAAAAAAAACCGUUUGUAUUGAAAAUAUUAAAAAUGUUCCCCUUCCUAAUUAAUAUUUCUUCUUUUUUCAUGUUACCGUGUUUUAUAAAAAAGAAGAGAUUCAAAAACAGAGGUUCUAAAUAUAAUAAUUUUAAAAACAGUACCUUGAAAAAUAAUGAUUCAAAAAAUAAUGAUAUAACAAAUAGUGAUUCUUCAGACUAUUUAUAUAAUAGGAUAAUGUGGCAAGUAUUUGUAAAGAAAAAUAUUACGCAUUCUAUACUAGGAUGUAUUAACAAUUUAAAAAUGUGGAGUGCUCAUGACAUUUUUAAGGAGGUUGGUCUUAAUCAUUUACCAGUUUUAAUAUUAUGUGGUGAGAAGGAUAAUAUUUGUAAUGUUCAUGUUUUUAAAAAUACGUCCAAAUUUUUUAAUAAUUGUCAUCUAAUUAUAUUUAAAAAUGCUUCUCAUCUAGUUCUAGUAGAAAAAAUGCAAGAGAUUAAUUCAUGUGUACUCACUUUUUUUCGCUUUCCAAAUAAUGCUGAUUUAAAGUCUUUUCAUCAUAUGUUCCCCGUUGAUAAAGUAGGUAAUUCAGUUCUUUACGAAAAGGCCAACCUUUUUUGA